CGUAGAGAAGUCACAAAUGGAAGGACAAAUUGUCGUCUUUGGAAGAGUUCGACGUCUGUAUCCUGGAUGCAAUCUUAGGUCUUCGCCGCCAGUUUGACAAUCAUCGAUAGAAUUCAGUUAAAAGGUGAUUGGAUGAUAAUUUAGCAUACCUGUAGAAGUCAUACGUUGGUGGUAAAACGCUAAAUCUUUGACCAGUCAUGUUUUUAGCAGCGACUGGACACUGUCGGAAUUGAGACGACAACGAAACAUUGACCGUAUCAUAUCAAUAAAAGAAUGACCAAGUUAAAGAAUCCGGUCGGUUCUAUCAGCUUCCUUGUGUUUGGAAUCUUCACAUGCCUUCAUCCAUCAGUAACAUAUUCGGCCUUGACCUCCAUGACAUGUGACCUUGACAGCGAUUGGUGCUCCUUUACGCAAGACAAGCUAGAUUUCUUUGACUGGAAAAGAGGAAACGGUUCAUCCACAUAUGAGCCGCCUACAGACCGGUCAGGAACCGGACAGGCUCUCUUUAUUGAUCCCACUUCACAGGCCUACAGCGACUACGCCCGCUUGUACAGCCCUGACUUUCAGUUCAGUGGCUGCGGGAGCAUCUCUUUCUUCUACUUCGCGUCUGGGGCGAACGUCGGAGAGCUUAACCUGAAACUGAAGAGUCACGCCCUCCUCGGACUGGCUACUCUGUGGUCAUUCAAUGGCAGUAACCCUUUACCCGCCUGGCAACAAGUGUCCGUAGCCAUAAACUUCCCUGCGACAUUUAAGCUAGUAUUUGAAGGUACAGCAGGAUAUGGAGCGAUCACGUUGGCUGUGGAUGACAUCACCGUGACGUCAUCAUCCUCAUGCCCGCCACAUGCCAUUACGCCUACCACGGAUACCGGCAGUCUCUCAUGUGAUUUCGAAGCCGACUGGUGUGGCUUUACUACGACCAACGUUAACAAUUUCCAUUGGCUGAGACAUAGCAACGCCACGCCCACUCCAGCCACCGGCCCCAAGAUUGACCACACUUUUGGCACGGACGCUGGCUAUUAUCUGUAUGCUGAGACGGACCAAGGGGUCUACAACGACAAGACCCUGCUCUACUCCCCGCCGAUCACCCUGUUCACUGGGUGUGCAGAUCUCAACUUCUGGUAUCAUAUCUGGGGCACCAGUGUUGAGGUACUCAGGGUGUACAUAGACGGCAGUCCCAACGCACCAAUGUGGCAAAGCGCUAGCGGCUUCAGCGUGAUACAGUCUUGGCAAGCGCCAUCUAGUGCCCCGUUCAGGAUAACGUCCUCGGAGACGUUUAAGCUGGUCUUCGAAGUGUCACGUGGAAUAGAUAACCAUGGAGAUUACGCUAUAGAUGACGUCACAAUCACUGAACUCUCGUCCUGCACUCAAUCUGUCGCCCCCACUGUGGAAGGUAAUGGCCAGACGACAAUUCUCGGAGACAAGGACGGGAAAACCCUCCGGUCAGCCAGUGACACCCAGCACCCCUCCCUGUACCCUAACGACUUUAGCCACACCUGGAACAUCUCUGUGUCCUCGGGACUCAAGGUCAAGGUGAAGGUCACAGCCAUGGACCUCGAGGAGUGUUGUGAUUUUUUAACGAUUGAUGGAGAAGUAUUCACGGGGUACACCAUACCGCCAGAAAUCGACACCAACUCCUCCCGCGUGUCUAUUAACUUCCGGUCUGAUAGAACUGUCCAGAGAACAGGCUUCAUUCUGGUGUGGACGAUGUACGGAGAACCAAGAGUAUACAAUUUUGGAGACGGGCGCAGUGAUUUUCCAGGUUGGGUAUUUGGAAUCUUAGCAGCCUUUAUCUUUGCGGUAAUUGUUGCUUUCUGUGUGUUCAAGUAUUUGUGGAAACGCUACAAGAAAGUAAGAGACGCCAGACGAAAGAAACGCUAUCACCGAGCGGCGUCCCCUGGAAAGGCCUCAAACGGAAGCAGCAACGGUGCCUCACGUCGUCCCAUCACGGCAUCCGGUCGUCCCACCACGGCAUCCGGCCGUCCCGUCACUGCGGCCACCCGGCGGUACGGGAAGGACGAGGAGCAAUAUGACGCCGAGUUCGAGCAGUUCAAGGCGGAGACGCGGCGCCACAUGCGGGAACAGUUCGACCAGCACCUCUACGACACCGUCGACAACAGCAAACGGGACAACGACAAGAACGACGAUCAUAUCGCAAACGAAGAUGGCGGCGAUUCUCUGUCGGACGGUGAAGGCGAUAGCAGCGCAGCGAUUCCGGGCAUUGUCGAGAAGACGCCGCGUCCGAGCAGCGCGCGGCCUAAGAGCGGUGCUGGAGGACGCCCGGGCUCCAGUGCCGGCGGUCGACCUGCGUCUGGUGCUGCACGCCCAGGGUCGAUGGCAGCGGGUGGAAGAUCUCAGAGCGUCGCCAGCAUGGACGCCAGCCGGAAUUCCCCGUCGCCUAGGGUCACGGCUCUCCACCCAUCAGCGUCGGUAGGAGGUGACAUGAAUUCAUCACGACCCACCAGCGGGAACCGGUCUCCGCGACCUCCUAUUCGAGAGGAAGAACUCGUUAUCCCAGCGCCUAGUGGAGGGAGACCCUCAUCCUCUCGCUCUCGUUCAACGACGCCCGACGCCAAGCGACCGGGGGUGCGUUUCAGCGACAAUACAGCCGUCGAUUCUCAGCAGCAGCAGUCUUCAAACGACGUCAUUAUCAGCCGACCGACAGCCACGCCCAGGCAGAGCGAGCCGGACAUGACGAAAGAGAUAGACGACAUUCUGAACGAUUUCCAGCCACAGAAACGCCGCACGCUGCCUCCAGUCAAGGCGUUACCUCCUGUAAAAUCCCUUCCACCGGUCACGUCAAGCAUAGCCGGGGCGGGGCUAUCGCCUCUGACACGCCCACGCUUGCAGCCGAUUCGUUCGCCGGCGGUUGACUCCACCCUUUCCUCUCAACGGCUGCCGCCGUCUAUUGUCAUUUCUCCGGCCUCGCUCAUGGUGGAUAACGAGUUCGAAAAUUCCGCUCAAAUGAAACCGCGUCGACUUCAACCAGUGGUAAGAGUUGAAAGCACGGACCUCUGA